AUGGUGUCGAAGCUAAGCCAUCUUCAGGUGGAGCUGCUGGGAGCGCUGCUGGAGUCGGGGCUAACCAAGGAGACCCUGAUCAAGGCGCUGAGCGAGGCGGAACCCUACGCGCUGCAGAGCGAGAGCCAGCGCGCCAUCAACGCCCUGCAGGGCGAGAAAGGGGAGCCCUGUGCCGACAUCCCCACCCUGCCCAACGGCGCGGGGGACGCCCGGCUCUCGGAAGAUGAGACCUCAGAUGACGGGGAAGAAUUCACCCCUCCAAUCAUGAAGGAGCUGGAAAACUUGAGCCCUGAGGAGGCUGCUCACCAGAAGGCUGUUGUGGAAAGACUCUUACAAGAGGAUCCCUGGCGAGUAGCAAAGAUGGUGAAAUCCUACCUCCAGCAGCACAACAUUCCUCAGCGUGAGGUGGUGGACACUACUGGUCUGAACCAAUCUCACCUCUCCCAACACCUCAACAAGGGCACUCCCAUGAAGACCCAGAAAAGGGCAGCCCUCUACACCUGGUACGUCCGCAAGCAGCGAGAGGUGGCCCAGCAAUUCACACAUGCUGGCCAGGGCAUUCUGACAGAGGAGCCCAUGGGAGAUGACCUGCCCACCAAGAAGGGAAGGAGAAACCGCUUUAAGUGGGGUCCUGCCUCACAACAGAUCCUGUUCCAAGCCUACGAGAGACAGAAAAACCCCAGCAAAGAGGAGAGAGAGGCGCUGGUGGAGGAGUGCAACAGAGCAGAGUGCAUUCAGAGAGGCGUUUCCCCAUCGCAGGCCCAGGGCCUGGGCUCCAACCUGGUGACCGAGGUGCGGGUUUACAACUGGUUUGCGAACCGCAGGAAGGAGGAGGCGUUCCGGCACAAGCUGGCCAUGGACACCUUCAGCGCCCCGCAGCCCGCCCCUGCUCCCCCGCUGACCCCGCACAGCUCCUCCUCCCUCCAGCCACCGCCUGCGCUCUCCCCCAGCAAAGUGCACGGAGUGAGGUACAACCAGCAGCCAGCCAGUGAGGCGGAGUCCUCCAGCAGCAGCCACCACGGGAACAGCUCCAUGGUGACCACCCAAACUAUCCUGCACCAAGUUUCUCCACCUGGACUGGAGCCCAGCCAGAAUCUACUGAGCACAGACACUAAGCUGGUCUCAGCUCCUGGAGGAACUCUCCCUCCUGUCAGCACCUUGACUGCCCUGCACAGCAUAGAGCAAAAUCCACACACACUGAGCCAGCAAACUCAAAACCUUAUAAUGGCAUCACUGCCAGGGGUAAUGGCAAUCGGAGCUGGCGAGACCUCAUCCCUAGCACCAGCAUUCACCAACACAGGAGCCUCUGCCCUGGUGAUAGGCCUGGCCUCGACCCAGCCACAGAGCGUACCUGUAAUAAACAGCAUGGGGAGCAGCCUCACUACCCUGCAGCCUGUCCAGUUCUCCCAGCAACUGCACCCAUCCUACCAGCAGCCCCUCAUGCAGCAAGUCCAGAGUCACAUCAACCAGAGCCCCUUCAUGGCUACUAUGGCCCAGAUACAGAACCCCCACGCUCUCUACGGCCCCAAGCCUGAAGUGGCCCAGUACACACACACAGGCCUCCUGCCACAGACCAUGGUGAUCACAGACACAGCCAACCUCAGCACCUUGACCAACCUGACACCAACUAAACAGGCAUUUACACCUGACUCGGAGACCCAUGCAGAGUCUGGGAUGCACACGCCAGUGUCACAGGCACCCACGAUACACUUACAGAGCCAGGACACAACCAUCCAGCACCUUCAGCCGGGCCCUCGCCUCACCUCCAGCCCUGCUGUGUCCUCCAGCAGCCUGGUGCUGUACCAAAGCUCUGACUCCACCAACAGCCACAGUCAGCUGCUGCCGUCCACUCACAAUGCCAUUGAGACCUUCAUCUCCACGCAGAUGGCAUCCUCCACUCAGUAACAGAGACAGCUGCUCAGGGGCCACUGCCACCACCAACCUGUCAGGCGCAGCUCCAGCUGUGUUUGCCAUUGCUGUCACCACUGCCUCACAGGAAGGAGAGGCUGCUGUGCUCAGCUGACCUCCAGCCUCUCUUGCCUCAUAUGAAUCCCUUCCUCAGCUUCCUCCACAACAGCAGAUAUCUCAGGCUCAAGACAGAAGCCAUAGAAAGAUGAUGCUGGCACUGCUGAAAUCCACUGCCCCUAAAACACCCAAGCAAACCCCAGAGCCAGCCCAGAACAGCCAGAUGUCUUUUUGUGCUGCCCAAGAAGGAAUCCCAUCAAAACAGGGACUUGAAUGCAGUGUGGCAAAAUGCCAAGGUGUGUGGCUGGGACUUAGACUUUGCUCAGCCCCUCAUCAAGCUGGGUCUGCACAAGCCUGCCAACAGCAGACCAAGCCAUUCAAGCUGAGCUGUCAAAGAAGGGACACCACCUCUCCAACACUCACCUUUGCUGUAAGAAAACUCCACUGAGAACUCCUUGGAGGCAAGGGGGUUGAAUUUGCUUCCUGACCUUGCAAUGAAAGCCAUCCAGAAACAGGAUCAGGAACAGUUUGGCAUAAACCUGCCAGUAUGGGAUCACUGACUGCAAGCUACAAAUCCUCUAAAUACAGAAGUCCCAAUCAUUCCCAGUUCCAAACAACCUGCUCUAAAAUUAUGCUGUCCCAGUGGAAAGGGCUUGGUUAUUUUUGAUACAGCUCUGCUUUGUUUUAAAUGCAGAUCAAAAAUUAAAGUUCGA